AUGCCGCCGAAGAAUAAGCGAAGUCGCACUGGUGGUAUCCGUCAAAGACGGAAGAAAGCCAAAGUGGAGAAUGCGACGACGAUUGCGGGGCAUUCAGUCUUAGCAUCGUUCCUUCUACAGCUCUUUGCCUGGGGCGAGAUGUCUGCACAGCGAGUGCAGAAGCUCGCAAGUCUCGCCAUGGUAGACAUUGAGGCCUGCAUGAAUGGAACUGGGCAUGUUGAAGAUUUGAGGAACAUGGCAAAGAUUGGCACGGAGGGCCAUCAUCAAAACAAAUGCUAUGCCGACCUCAUAAAGCAAUGCCGGGGUAUAUCGAUUCCGCGACCUUUUGUCGCAACACUUCCAUUUGUGAAGCCCUUGAAUGAUCAAUUUCAAUCAAUGCUUCUCCCCCACGAGAUUUUCAGUACCAUAUAUCAUUCCUACAAAGGUGCCUGGAGGCAAAGCUUAUAUGGAAGUGCCGAUUGUGUUCGCUUGUUUUGGCAAGCCCAAGAAUCCCAUCCGCAAAUGGCUGGCCACGCAGUUUCUUUCAAGCCGAACAGGUUCACUUUGGCAAUACCACUAUCCCUACACGGGGAUGACGUCCCCGUGACGGGGAUAGGAAAGGCAUGGACAGGGAAAUUGACGCAGUGGUGCUGGGCAAGUCUUCUGGGCCGUGGUGCCACAAGCGAAGUUCUUUUCUGGAUUUAUGGAUUAUUCGAGCGACUCCGAGUGCCCCUCGCCGCUGGAAGCGAGAGUACACUUCACACUUUUUUUCGAAUUCUGAGAUGGUCUUUUCAUUGGCUUUUCAAGGGGGUCUUUCCGGACAGAGACCACGACGGAGUUAAGUACUCCAAGGAUUCGGUCCAAGGCAAAAAAGCCUUGACUUUCUUGGCCGAUGGGUUCUAUGGCGUUUUGUGGACGAUCAUUGGUGCACAGGGCACGGCGAUCGCAGUUGGACUGUUUUCGGAGCUAAUGCCGAAUGGCGAAAUCACAUAUGGACGACAGCCGACUGGUUGA